UUACCGCGGAAGUUAUGCUGGUUCUGUCGGCAGCCUGCAGAUUAUUGUUUCCUUCCACACAAAAGAUUUCUAAAACAAAGAUGGAUAACGACAUAGAAGAUGGAGAGUGUACUGAUUCAGAUAGUGAUGGGAUAUUCCACCAGGAACCUAGUCCAGCACCUGUUAAUUUAUACAGUAACAAACCAGGCUAUCGUCCACAAAUACCCCAGAUAAAGAUCAACUCAGACAACAGUAGCAGUGAUGAGGACGAUUUUUCUGACUUAAAAAGGUCUAGAAGUUUUCAUACUGAAAAUCAUGCCUCCGAUUCUAAUGUAAAAGAAGUUCCAUUUAUUAACCCGUUGCUGUCAAAUGACUCUUCUGAUUUUAAACCUUGUAACUACAAACGGAGAAAAAAUAACGUAUGGGGUUCAGUGAUCACAGAACAAGUUUUGUCGCAAGAUCUGAAGACGUUCAGUGUGUAUAAAAGUGACCGCAAUGUCGAGACUUAUGAUUACACCAAAGCUAAAGAAGAUCUGCGACCUAUUGUUGAGCCAAUGCCAGAUGAUGUUAAAGAUGAUAUAUUUGCUGAUGUGGAAGUAGAGAAGGAGGAUACUCUGAGGUCUGAAUAUGGAUCUAGAAAAAGGAAAAAUCACUUUUACAAAAAGAAAACAGUCAAACUGAAUAAGUUAGUGAAGUUGGAGGAGACAGCUGGUGUCAGUAUUCAAGAACUUGUUAGCUCCAUCACGUCCAACUUGUCUGAACCUAAGCUGGAUUUAUUUACAAGAAUAGUUGAAACUAUUGGAUGUGGAGAAGCCCUACGACUCUACAACUUGACUGUAGAUGUGGAAGAAGAAGGUGGCAUGUUCACUAAUGAUGGCUUUCGUCGUCGAACACCAGGAGGUGUGUUUAUCCAGCUACUGAAAUCUGAUGCUUCCAUCCCUGAAGAAAAGGUGAAACCAAUAUUUGAGAAAGAUGAACUGGAAUGGAAACAAAUUUUACGUGAAAAAAGAAAAAUUAAAAAGGCAGCAAGGAAUCGUUGGAAAAAACAGCAAAAGAAGAAAUUGAUGAAAGUGGAGCGAGCAGACAGCCCAGGAGAGGAGCUGGAAGCUCUCAACUCUAUAGACAGCAAUACUGAAUGUGAUGUGUCGGAUGUCAUUGAACGUCCAUCUACACCGGAACCAAAGGAUGAUUCCUCAGAUGAGGUAGAUGAGGAGGAGGAGGAAGAUAUUGCUACAGCCAUUCAAAAGGCUAAAGAAGCCAUCAUGAGGAAGCAGGCAAAGUUAUCCCAAGAACAGAUGGAGACCCAAUUAAAGUGUGUUAGCAUAGAGCAGGACAUGAAGGACUGACAGAUGUUGUGAGAUUUCUUCAAUAAUAUUUCUAUAUCAAAGUUUCUUGAAUUUUUUUGUGUAUAUGAGUUCUGUUGUUACAUUUUUGUAUUUUUAUUCUUUAUUUUAAAACAAUGUUUUGGACAUUAUUGUUGUUUAUAAUAUUUGUCAAUAAUUUGUGAACACAUCAGGAGUACACGAGAAUGAUUGCUUGAAUGAGAAUGUAUGCAACGUUGAUCAAAUUUCAUUCAUUGCUUUCCAAUUUUUUCUACUUGAUGAUCUUACCCGGUACUUUAAAACCUAUUGGUCAAGUCAUUGAAACCUAUCGGUGAAGUCAUUGAAUGUUCAAUACUUUUGUUUUUCACAUUGACAAUAAAUGUGUUACAAUUUA